AUGAGGUCGGUCCUUGCAAGACGUAAAACCUCUCUGUUUCUUGCCCCGGUUCUGAGGAUUCGUCACCGACAAUUCUCAACCUCUACCGUCCUCCGCACUCCCUCGAGACGUAUCCCAGAGCUCAACUCCGGUUUCACGAGCAGCUAUGACCCGAACGAAGAAGGACGAGGGCCUAUGUUCUCAAAGCACACCUUUGGGGUUCCACAAUUCUACCCACGAGAUCUCAAGAAGCGAGUCGACGAAUACGUAGUUGGACAGGACCGAGCAAAGAAGACAAUAUCAUCCGUCAUAUUUAACCACUAUCAGAAUGUGAGGCGGCGGAAAUAUCAAGAAGAGCAGGAGAGAAAGCGAGAGGAAAAGCUAAUGCGGCAAGCCAUUGCCCGUGAUCGAAAUGCAAGGGAGACGGAGGAAGCUCAUCCUGUUGAAGGUUGGCCACAUCCGACACCCAUGUCCCAACGGUAUCGUGCUGACGACUUUGACGAAGACGAUUUCCCCGGCCAUCACGAUUCCAUACAGCAGAUGCACCAAGCCUGGCAGCAUUCCGAACAGAAAACCGAUUUCUACAUACCUGAAGACACGAGUCGAAUACCGCCAGUUAAGAUUGACAAGAGUAACUUACUGCUACUUGGUCCGACUGGCGUAGGCAAAACAUAUAUACUUGAGACGCUAAGCAAGAAGAUUAACGUCCCUUUCACAAUAUGCGACUGCAAUUCCUUCACUCAAGCUGGCUAUAUAGGCCAAGAUGUCGAAACAUGCAUCGAGCGAUUAUUGAUAGAGUCGAACUACGAUAUAAAAGCUACCGAACAAGGGAUCGUCGUGUUAGAUGAAUUUGACAAAAUCGCUAAACGCGAAACCAUGAACGGAAGAGAUGUGGGUGGCGAAGGUGUACAACAGGCAUUGUUAAAACUAGUAGAGGGGACCAAGGUAACUGUCAACGUCAAAGAUAAUCGUUCUUCAUCUCGUUCAGCGAGUCCUAUUACUACAAGUUAUACCGGCCCCGGAUCCUCAGCAUCUACUUCAGGACCACAACCAACACCACCUCCAAUUGGGAAAGUGGACCAGUAUACCAUCGACACAAGCAACAUACUCUUUGUCAUGUGUGGUGCAUUCGUUAGUCUCGACAAAGUCAUACUCAACCGAGUAUCUAAGUCGAGUAUGGGGUUUGGUUCUGAGAUUAGGAGCCGGUCUACAUCUGGGAACAAACCGGAUCUUCCACCAGAUCUAUUCAAUCAUCUUCCUCACCGGCCCUCGGAUGCCGGGGAUACGUCAUCAUUUACGGCACUUGACCUAGCAACGUCCGAGGACCUACAAGGGUUUGGGUUCAUUCCGGAGUUGAUCGGUCGUGUUCAUAAUAUCGUGGCACUCUCACCUCUCUCGCGGUCAGAUUUACUAAGGAUCCUGACAGAGCCGCGCAACUCGUUAGUUGCGCAGUACACAGCAUUAUUCCAGACAUACCCCUCCAACCUCUACUUCACCCAGAAAGCAUUGCAGGCGAUCGCAGAGCGCGCGGAGAAGGCCAAGACAGGUGCCCGUGGGCUUAAGAUGGAGAUGGAGCGUGUGCUAGCCGAAGCAAUGUUCGAUGCCCCUACCCACUACGUACUCGUCACCGAGAAGGCAGUACGCGGGGAGGAGAAGGUCGGAUACUGGGGGAAAGAUGGUAGACUCGAAGUUGAAAGACUGAUACGUGAAGAGGAUGGUCUAGCUGAAGUGCCGGGACACGAUGAGCAUGGGAGGGAGAUUGUGAGUAGUCUCGGCCAGUUCCGUGAGGCUGGGCAGAGCGGUGCAUGAGCAUGAGCAUGAGCGUGAGAAACAUGAGUUAAAGUUGACUGUAUAAGUUAUUGUUAACAACCUUGAUACUUGGCUAGGAAAAGCCCUGCAUAGUCAUAGUGGUUGAUAAGGCGAAGGGCGUUUCUUUGGAUUCGGGCAUACUGCGCAUCACGACUGCUUUACCAACGGGCCGGAGUUGCUGGGAUACGCGGGUGUAACGGAGUAUAGCUACAUGAGAUGAUGUGGUGGGCGUGUAUAAGAUGCCUCUUAUAGGUUGUUUAGCAAGUAUACCUGGUCCAAACGUUCGAAUAUCUGUGCGAGCAUUAAGCGAAUGUAAAU